UUUCGAAAUGCGGCCCAUGGCGAGCCCAUCUCUCCUCUCGCCCUCCGCCUCCAGUCUCCUCCUCCUCCGCCGCCUCCUCCUCUCCCGCCGCCGCCGCCGGAGCUCCACCCCGCACUCCCCUCCCACCCCUCCUCUCCGCCGACGCCUCCCCCUCAUCGCGGCCUCCAUGUCGUACUCGUCCUCCUCCUCCUCCUCGGCUGCCACCAGAGACUCCGGCUCCGUCGUCGCCGACGCCGACGGCCUCGCCCGCAAGGUCGCCGCCAUCAGCGCCGCCGGCCCCGCUAAGCUCCAGGUCAUCGCCGACUUCGACGGCACGCUCACGCGGUACUGGUACGACGGCGCCCGCGGCCAGAGCAGCCAUGGCUUGUUGAGGCAGGGGAACGAGGAGUUCGACGCCAGGAGGGAGGAGCUGUUCGAGCACUACCACCCCAUCGAGAUCUGCCCCGACAUUCCGCUCCCUGAGAAGGCCAAGCUCAUGGAAGAGUGGUGGGAGAAGACACAUGCUCUCCUUAUUGAAGGUGGACUUACUUACGAAGCUAUAAGGAAAUCUGUGGCUGAUGCUAAAAUCACUUUUAGAGAUGGGGUGGUGGAACUCUUUGAGUUCUUAGAGGAGAGAGAUAUUCCAGUGCUAGUAUUUUCUGCUGGACUUGCAGACAUAAUUGAGGAGGUCUUCCGGCAGAAACUCCACAGAUCAUUCAAGAACAUUAAGGUUGUAUCCAACAGGAUGAUCUUCAAUGAAGAAGGUCGUCUUGUUUCAUUUAAAGGAAAGACCAUUCAUGUUCUAAACAAAAAUGAGCAUGCACUGGACAUGGCAGCUCCAGUGCAUGACAAUUUGGGUGAUCCAAAUGGAUCCACCGAUGACUAUUCGUUGGUUAAGAAGAGGACCAACGUGCUUCUACUUGGAGAUCACAUUGGUGACCUGGGAAUGUCUGAUGGAUUAAACUAUGAAAACAGGAUAGCUGUUGGAUUUCUGAAUAGCAACAUCGAGAAAUCCUUGAAAGAUUACUCCACGGCAUUUGAUAUUGUCUACUUGAAUGACGCACCAAUGUUGGGAGUUGUUGAGCUUGCAUCUGAACUAUGUCCAUAGCCAAAUGAUGUUUUGCUGAACUUAGCAGCUGCAUCAUCCUCCGCUCCCGCUGAAAUCUGGGAAUUCCAUUCCCCGCCUCACUAACCGGCAAAGUUUGCUUAGUAAGAAGCGUUUUGUACAGACAAGCAGCCUUUUGGAGCAAUAUCUCCUUUUAAUCCAAUCCAAAGUUGUAUCAAGUCCACAACACAUUUUGUGAAAUGGACUAUUCGACCCACCAUGGUCUUAUUGUUUCUACUCUCGCUGCUCCAUAUUAUAAGCCACUUUAGAUUUUAGCCAACUUUAUAGAAAAAUAUAUUAAUAUUAGUUUCAUUAAAUCAU